GAUUUGAGCUGUGAUGCUGGCACCUGGCAGACCAUGUCCUGUGUGUUUUUCAGUUUUGCUCAGUUCCUGACCCUGGUAUUGCAGAAGCUUUUUCACAUCUAUGACACCUGCUAUGUCUUGGUAAACCCUGGAAGGGAAAGGAGGACAAGGUUAAAAUACUGUUCCGAGGACCUGGUCUCUCCACAGUGCAGGCUGGAGGUGGCAGCCCGUGGAAAGCCAAGUUCAUCCACCAUCGGAGCCCAGGCCAGGCUGCCACGGCUAAUAUUCAGGACAAAGCCAGGGACAGGUCGGGAAUCCUAUGAAGAUGAUCAUCGUCCUGAGGUCUUCCUUCCAGGGUUGCAUCCGGGCCAGAAGAUGGAAAGAGAAAUGGUGCUCUGCCUGGCCCAGAUGAUCCACACGCAGGAGGGGGCCCUGCCCAGACCCUCCAUCUCGGCUGAGCCAGGCACUGUGAUCCCCCUGGGGAGGCCUGUGACCUUCCAGUGCCGGGGCCCGGUUGGGGUUUACGCAUUCCGCCUGGAGAGGGAGGAUAGAGCCAAGUACAAUGAUAGUUGUAAUGUGUUUCGACUUGGUCCAUCUGAGUCAGGGGCCAGAUUCCACAUUGACUCAGUAAGUGAAGGCAAUGCCGGGCUUUAUCGCUGCAUCUAUUAUAAGCCCCCUGGAUGGUCUGAGCACAGUGACUUCCUGGAGCUGCUGGUAAAAGAAACCUCUGGAGGCCCAGACUCCCCCGACACAGAGCUCGGCUCCUCAGCUGGACCCAUGCAGAGGCCGUCGGACAACAGUCACAAUGAGCAUGCACCUGCUUCCCAAGGCCUGAGUGCUGAGCUUUAUUUUCUCAUCGGGGUCUCAGUGGUCUUCCUCUUUUGUCUCCUCCUCCUGGUCCUCUUCUUCCUCCGUCGCCAGAAUCAGAUAAAGCAGGGGCCCCCCAGAAGCAAGGACGAGGAGCAGAAGUCACAGCAGAGGCCCGACCUGACUGUUGAUGUGCUAGAGAGGACAGCAGACAAGACCACAGUCAAUGGACUUCCUGAGAAGGACAGAGAGACGGACACCUCGGCCCCGGCUGCAGGGAGUUCCCAGGAGGUGACGUAUACUCAGCUGGACCACUGGGCCCUCACACGGAGGACAGCCCAGGCUGUGUCCCCACAGUCCACAAAGCCCAUUGCCGAGCCCAUCACGUAUGCAGCCAUUGCCAGACACUGACCCCAUACCCACCUGGCCUCUGCACCUGAGGAUAGAAAUUCACUCUAGGAAAAGCCUGAAGCAGCCUUUUGGAAGGCUUCCCCUUGGGCUUAUCCUCAUCUGGAAAGCCAGCCAGGCAGCUGUCCUGGAGACAAGAGCUGGAGACUGGAGUUUUCUAACCAGCAUCCAGAAGUUUCCUUAACUAGGUGGUCCCUUCUACAAUUGACCAACUCCUUGGAUAGAUUGUGUUGCAGUUGAUUCCAGAGACCCAGAUACAUACACCUGACUACUUCUAGAAACCAAGCUCUAAUCACCUGGCUGUUUCCAGAGACCCAUCUACAAUUGUCUGGCUGUCUCUAAAGACCCAGCUACAGUGAUCUGACUGUUUCUAGAGACUCUGUUUUAGUUGCCUGGCUAUUUCUAGAGACAUA